AUGUCCACGACCCUCAGUGCCCGCCUCCUCGCGUCAGCAUCUCGAGCACCACCUCAUGCCCGCGUCCCCGCACUGCUGCGGAGCCGCCGGCGCGCGCUGAGCAGCACCUCUGCUGCGCGCGCGGCGGCGGCGGCGGCGUCAGCGUCAGCAGAGCCGAAGUACACGAAGCCGGCGCUGCGGAAGGAGGUCAAAGAGGAGAUCAAGGAGGGGGACAAAGGCGGGAACCCGGGGGAGUGGUCGGCGCGGAAGGCGCAGAUGACGACGCUGGAAUACAUGAAGCGCGGCGGGGGAUUCACGACGCCCAAGAGCGAGCAGGACCCCUCGCAGGAGCGCCUCUCGCAGUGGACGGAGGAGGAGUGGCAGACGAAGGAGGGGGAGGGACAGUCGAGGCAGGGGGACGGGAGCACGAAGAGGUAUUUGCCGAAGAAGGCGUGGGAGGAGAUGGGGGAGGGGGAGGGGAGGGCCACGGAUCAGAGGAAGGUCGACGCGAGUAGGAGGGGGAAGCACGUUGUAAGGAAUACAGAGGGGGCGAGGGAGGAGCGGCGCAAGGUGAGUGAGGAGAGUGAGAGUAAGAGGGGAGCUGUGAAGGAGGGUAGGGCGUCGAAUGAGAAGCAGGCGGAUGGCGUGAAGCAGGCGGAUGGCGUGAAGCAGGCGGAGACCGUGAAGCAUGCGGAGAACGCGAAGCAUGUUGCCAGCACGAAGCAGACGGACCACGCGAAGCAGGGCGCCGACGCCAAAAGCCAGUCCUCUUCUCCCCAGCCCCAGUCCGGGCAUUGGGUGCCGCGAAAGGGACAGAAGAUCACCAGGAAGGUCGGGGGAACAGAGGUGGAAGCCGAGGUGGUGGAAGUAGUGUGGGAGAAGAAGGUGGUAGAGGGAAAGCCGGCCAAUGGCUCCAAGGACGAUCCCCGGGUUGUGCUUAGAGGGAUCCCGUCUGGGAAGGUGGUGGUGCGAGGACUGGAGUCCGUUUCUUUCUGA